ACGGCGGCGGCGGGGGAUGUGCCAAAAGGCAAGCCCGACCCCAACUUACGACAGUACACACACACAACGUUUAAACUCCGUCCAAUUUGAGAGUAAAUUGCAUACAGGCAGAUUUCUUCAUUGUAUCCGCGCCACGUCCACGACGACGGCAUUUGUUAAAAGCUGUCAAACCUUUUGCACAUUGUUCCAAUUCCCGCGGUAGCGUUCUGCGUUUGCGCCAAUCCAAGUUCUUCCUAAAGGGGUAUGGACGUAUCUCCUGUCUUGUCCAAUUAGUUUGUUUUUCCCUGCAUAUUAGUUUUGUCUGCUCGGUAUUUCGGCUGGCUGGCGGUGCACCGACCACAAACUGCAAUUCGUGAAGGGUCAAGAGGCAAACAAGAUCUCAUAAAGUCGCUUUUAGCUUGCCCGCAACGUUUUCAGGGGGGAGUAUCAUUCGAUCGUCACCAAGAGAUAAAAAUACCCUUUUACACGCGACACAACCGACGGUGGUGGUAAGUUGCGGCUAUCUUAGAUCUUUGACCAGGAAUUGCUGCUCCUGUGGGCGUUUUGGAGUAGGAGAAAGAGAUUUGCUACGUUUUCCCCCUGAAGGCAGUGAACAGAAGACAAGCUCAGCGCUAUACAGCAACUCCCCUCUCUUGCAUCGCCCUCGUCUAGAAAACUGUCACCCGCAUCCCUUUAAUAUAACAACAAGCGGAUAGCGGUGGUCACUCAUUUCCGGGCUUGGUCGAUCAGUUAUCAUUGCCGAAUCUACCGAAAUUGCGACCACAGCAAACAAGUGUCAGUGAGCACAAAAAUAUAUAGUCAUAUGUCUAUUUCGAAAAUGACGGCCAAGCAGCACCUAGCAUUCCAUCUGCACGGUCGGGUUUCUCAUACGUCAUAUAUUCUUUCAACGUCAGAAAAGCCCAACAUCUUGUCUGAGAUCCUGUCACCUUCCCUUCGCACGGCGCUUUUCACGACGUCUACCAAACUAGAUAAUUCCGCGUCGGCAUCGUCAUCUGCACCAUCAUCAUCGCCCUGGUACUCUCCACCCAGGAGAACCUGGCUAAGCUCCGACAUGAUCUACCACAAGCGAUCAUCGGUUACAAGGUCGCGGAUGUCGGAAGGUCCCAAGACGGUCGCCAAACGACGAUCGAGGUCGUUGACCGUCUGGAAAGAAGGUGAAAAUGGCAAGCAAACGACCGAUGGCGAGAUUCGCAGUAGGCGAUCCAGAAGCGCAAGUCCAGUUGUCGGCAGGAAGGAAUGGAAAAGUGUUCCAAAAAAGCGGGACAUGCGAAGCGAGUACGCCAACGCGAACCCAAAGCGCAAAUCAACCUCCAAGAUCCACCCGCAAUCCAGUCCUUUGCCGACCGAAAGCCCAAAUGUGCUGCCAGCCAACCUUCCGCAAAUCCAGCCAUGUUUCCCAUUACCUGCCCGGCUGCCCGCUCACAUCGAACAACAAUUAUAUCUUCUUUCGUAUACAAAGCUUCUCUCCCCUCGACGCCCCGCACAUUCCCGCACGACCAUCCAAAAUCUAAUGCUAUACAUCCAAUCCGUGCAUCCGGGAGUCGAAACUCUCUCCCACCUCCCCCCAUCCCCGACACUCCCAGCUCAUUCAACUCAAGCCCCAUGGUCCAUCAACACGCCAACCAAACGCCCAUCGUUCUCCGCAAGAAAAUCCAAUCGCCGUCGGUUAGCAAAACUUGCGGCGGGCACGACUGUUGGACCAGGUCCUUCCCCGCUGCGUUAUAGCUUCUCGCCCGAUUCCGCAUACACCCAUCACAUUCAGAGUUUGACCCGCGCUGCGGCUGUUGCUGCCACACAAGCGGUGUACCACAAAAAGCAACACGAUAUCGCCAUCGAGGUCCCGGUGACUGCAAUGGUACCAGUCAAACACAAGAAAGAUACCCCGACGAAACGGUUCUUGGGAUUACUCAAGAAAUUCCUCAAAGUCGACUCGGAGCGAGCAAGGAGGCGGGAAUCCGCUUUUUACGCUGGUGCCGGAAAGUUUCCCGCUCGCUCUUGCGUCUCUUGUGACAAUGACGGUGUAGUUGAGAUUGACUUUGGGAAAGGACCCAAGGGAGGUGUACAUGUUUUAAUUGCUUAAUGGACGCUUUUUGUUUUGUUCAAAGGCGUUUUGGUUUUCUACCCUAUGUACCAGGAUGUUUUGUAUGUCUGUACUUUUGUCCGCUUUGUUCCUUACUUUCUUUGAUAUUUGUAACUGCGUGGUAUACUGUAAGGGCUGUAGUAGUUGGACGUUACUGGUUUAGGUUUAAGGAUUAAGGAUUUCUAGUAUGUACGCUUUAACGGGUGUAAAUAUUCAAAAAAAAAAAAAAGAAGAAGGUAGUUUUUUUAUGUUUCCUGCAGGACGGGGG